AUGCGAACUACCUGCUUGGGCAGGGAACAACCCCCCGCGCUUAUUACUAGGAAGCCUGAAGCGAAAGACAACGCAAGAUAUGUCUGGAUGUGGGUAUCCUACCGAGUCGCUCUAUACGUAAUAGGAAAGCAGUGUUACUGGAAGUUAAAGUGGUAUUUGUCCAUUCUGGAAAGCAACUUCCUCCCAAGUAGGGUAUUCUUGAAUCCAUCGCGUUCAUUUCCCAUCCUACAGCUGAAAAUCAACCUUGGGUUCCUUUCUCUUUUCUUCCCUCCUAUAUCCGAAACUCCCACUGGCAUAGAAAGAUCUACACUAGUAAUCAGACAAAACACCCUCAUUAUCAAUCGGGAAAGGGCACUACAGACAAACCUUUGGGGGCCAGCCCCACAACCAUUGAAGUAA